GCCAGCUCUCGGUCAGCUGGAAUCUUGACCAGAUGUGAAAUAAGAUGAUUAAGUUAGUUUUGCUGCUUCUCUUGUGCCAUGUCUCAUCAUCAGCCAUGUGAGCCGUGGUUCGUCAGGCCAGCCGCAGUCUAAACUUUCUUGGGCGUCUACUCGUGUACUUACGGAGCAGGCAUGGAUGUUGAUGCAUGUGUCACCACAAAACCUUCAUAGGUUAUGACAUUUUUUGACUGGAUUCUUGUUGACAGCUCUCCUCUCUAUUACUGUGCAACAUUUCAAGUCAUUUUACUGCAUAAUGUGGAAGAAAACUUGCCACCUUAUUUAAUUUCUCAUAUUCAUUCAUAAAACACUUCAACACUUCCUUCAUAUAUUUGCUAAAAUAUUGUCUUGAUCCUUGCUCACACUGGUCCUGACUACUAUUGUACAAUAGUUCAAGUAAUUUUACUGUAUAAUUUUGAAGAUAACCAAUGACAAAUUCACCCAGCCUAAAAGCAUCCCAGUUCAGUUCCUCAUAUUCAGUCAUUGACAUUAGUCAUUACAUUUGAUAACACUACAGUUGUAAUAUUUCCAUUAUUAUUUGUAGAGAUUUGCUGCUCUGGUAUAGAUCUGUUAGUGAUUCUGAUUAGAUCUGGUAUUUUUGUGUUGUUCUUAUUUAAAAAGGAAAACAGGAUUUAUUUUCCAAAUACCUUUCAAUAUCACAAAUAAGAUUUAAAAAAAAAGAAAAUUUCUUCAGUCUGUACAUUGAAGUGAAUUGAGGACAGUAAUGAUCACUGUUAGGAAGAAUCAAAUCAAUAUUUUUGUAUAGUUACUGAAGAAAAAAUAUGACAGUUUGAAUGUAAGUCAGUAGAAUGUGUCAGCAUGCUGGUUGAUUUUGUCAUUCACUUUUAUUAAAACUAUACAAUACAAUUACUUGAACUAUUGUACAGUAGUAGUCAGGUAUACUGUGAACAAGAAUCAAGUCAAUAUUUGAACACACAAUAUUUUAUAUAAUCUGUGUCGUCCAUCUGGUGAGUAAAACAUAUUUCACUUCAUUUUUGCUGAUCUAAAAAGCUGUUUCUGCUUUUUAUUUACUAUGAAUGGACCCUUUACUCAGUUUAUUUCUGACCUUACAGAACAGCUGAGCUCUCUGAGAAACUGAAACCUGACUGACAAACACAGCUCACUGAGUCACUACUAGCAGUAGUAUGUUAUAAGCAUGUUUAUAUAACCCUAACCCUAACCCUAACCCUAAGACAUGGUCUCGUGCUGCUUCUACUUUGUAUUUUUUCAUGUGCUGACCUUUAGCUUCAAAUGAGGAAUCAGAGAUGUUUAUGCAGACUGGUAUUGAAUGUUGUAAUAGAAUUUUUACAUCUCUUAGUGAGUCGUCCAGCAGUUGGUUGCAGGUUAUGGAGAAUGUUGCUGGUAGACUACUAACUGGAUCAAAUAGACCUUCUCAUUGAUCAGUGAUGAGUCAUAACAACACUGAACAUGAACAAAGAGCCUCCACAGGGUUGCUCCAAAACUUUGAUCACACUAACAAAGACCACGUCUUAAUUGAUGAAAGUAAGUUUAUUGGUGAACAAACGUUGUUGUUGCUGCUUCUCUUGUGUCAUGUUUCAUCAUCAGUGAAACACUCACUGAAGUUUUACAACACUGCCUCAUCUGGAGUCCCAAACCUUCCAGAGUUUAUGAGCGUAGGACAGGUUGAUGACAUCUGGGUGGGAUACUGUGAUGGCAGCAACAAGAUAGUAGAACCAAGACAGGACUGGAUGAAAAAAAUAUUUGAUGACAAUCCUCAAAUCAGGAAAUGGCACACUGAGCAGUGUUUUAAGAUUCUUCCUCCCAUCUUCAAAAGCAGACUGGACAGUUUUUCCAGGCUCUUCAACCGCAGUGAAGGUUCAGGUGUUCACAUUUUACGGUUUAUCAGUGGCUGUGAAUUGGAUGAAAUGACUGGAGAGUUUACUGGUUUUGUACGGUAUGGUUAUGAUGGAAAAGACUUCAUUGAACUGGAUCUGAAGAUGUUGACGUGGACCGCUCUGAGACCAGAGGCUGACAUUAUCAAACAGAUAUGGGAUAAAGAUACUUUUGGAAUAAAAGGCUAUGUGGAAUUAGUCACUCAUCUUUAUCCUCAGUGGCUGAAGUUGAGUUUGAAGUAUGGGAACAGCUCUCUGCUGAGAACAGACGUCCCCUCAGUGUCUCUCCUCCAGAAGACUCCCUCCUCUCCAGUCAGCUGCCACGCUACAGGUUUCUACCCUGACAGAGCCAUGAUGUUCUGGAGGAAAGAUGGAGAGGAGAUUCAUGAAGGAGUGGAACAUGGAGAGAUCCUCCCCAACCAUGAUGGAUCCUUCCAGAUGAAUGUUGACCUGAACAUUUCAUCAGUCUCACCUGAAGACUGGAGGAGGUACGACUGUGUGUUUCAUCUCUCUGGUGUGGAGGACGACAUCAUCACCAAACUGGAUGAAACACAGAUCAGAACCAACUGGGUGAAGCCCAGUAACAUGACCACCUCCAUCAUCAUCACCAUCUCUGCAGUGGUUGUUGUUGUUGUCAUCAUAACUGGAUACAUGGUUUAUAAAAAGAAAAAAGGCCAAAAGGCUCCACCUGAUAGUGGAGUCAGCUCUGAGCUCUCUGUGAGACUGAAUCCAGAAACCUGAUUCAUAACUCGUUAGUCUGUCAAACCAAACUCAGCAUAAUUUUCUCUUCUAUAAUGUCUUGAUGUCAUGUAGAAUUUUUUUUUUAAUGGCUGCAUGAAAAACAGAAUAUAUACUAGUAAUAUAUUUAUUUAACUAAAAGCUUUUUUGUAGUUAUUGAUUAUUUCAGUUUCCAACAGCUUUAUAGUAGUUAGCGAGGUUGACCUGACAGCUGACUGUGAGCAGCACUAUCACUACUAUUGUUCUUUUUGGUUAACUUUAAAGGUACUUUACAGCAUAUGUGUGGACUUACAGUCUUGCCUGAAUAAAUCUGUUUCUGGAUCUUA